AUGGGAUACGACAUGUCGCUUGACUGGAGCUUCGAGAACGAGGUCAUAGACGACUCCGAGCCGGAAAGAGAGGAAAUGAGGAGACUAGCGCGUCGCACUUUGUCGCGGUCUCCCGGUAAGCCUGAUAAAGGCAAGGCCCGAAUGGUUACGGUUGGUGAUGUGUCGGACGUCGAGAUUGAACUGGGCGGGGAUAGGGUGCUGAGCGAGGAAGUGAUUGAAAUCUCCAGCUCCGAUGAGGACAGACUCCCUGCGCUGCGAACGGAGACCGUGAUGGUGGAAUCGAGUAACUUCCCUGGACUUCAUUCUGCUACUAUGAAGAUAGGAGCACCUGCCUCAUCAUAUUUCAGACGCCCAGCAUCGCCUGUCGCAAACGAACCCGAACCCGUUAACGUCGAGAUAGACCAAGGCGGAAGGUCCCAAAGGCCAGAAAUUCAGGAUGAAGACGAAGACGAAGAGCCGAAGCCCAGUUUAGCCCGUUUUGCAUACGCCCCAAGUACUGCUUCUAAUGGAAUCUACGUACCUAAACGAAGCCUUUCAUCUCGCGCCGCAAGUACUAUAUCAGAUGUCCCUGCCCCAACGAUCACGGCUUCCAAGACUACGAAGAAGAGGACAAAGGCUCCUUCUAUGAAGAGCCAACUAGUGACUCAAUUUACCGACUCCCAAUUGAGCCUCAUCCUUGUCUGCGUUUGUUGUGAGUUAAAAUGGACAACCAGGAAGAGCUCGCCACAGAAACUAGCCCAUAUUAAAUCGUGCGCGAAGAAGAAAUCUUACACGGACGAAACGGUUUGCUCAUUGAUGGCCGCUGCAUUAUCCAAGAUUCCUCCGAAAGAACCGGAUCCACCCAAAAUCGACGAAUCCGAGAAGCCUGCCCCGACUAAAACGUAUCUUGAAGGCGUCCUCCACGAUGCCACGAAGAAGAAAGGAAGGCGAGUCAAGGUUACGGAAACUGUUCGAAGCGUUACCGAGACGCGGAGCGAUAUCCUCUGCAAAGCGCAAGCCGUUCUAGGAAGAAACAGUAAGCAACGCGUUGACGACGGACUCGAAGUCGACGACUCCACGAAGGCGCCACGAGCUGGUCCUAGCAAACAACCACUCAUGCGUAAGGACACUGAACCGCAGACGUUGUCAGACGACGAACUAGGCGAAACCGACGCUAUGAAUGUUUUCCCAGCUACCCAAGCCUUUGCCGCCUCUAAAUUUGCAACGGCAACUCGUACUACAACUCUCUUCCAUCUCGCAGACCAAGAUGACUCUGAAUCUGACGGCGACAUGUCUGAACCUGAGCCCCAAUUUGCACCCUCGAAACUCGCGAUUCGAAGGCGCAGUCCAACUCGCACCUCUGGUUCGCCAUCAAUCAACAAGCGGAAAACCGCUACCUUCGAUGAACUAGAAGGAUUGAUGAAACCAACGACACGCUCCGAAAUCAUCAGCCGGCUGGAUCAGGCGAUAUUUCAAGCAAACCUAAACGGCUAUGCCUUGCCUCGAUCAGAGAUGAAAGUCCCUGAUCUCCAUUCCGCUCGGACUAUUGCUACGGACAACACGUUGGAGUUUGGUGACCUGAUAGCGACCGAGGACAUUAGACAUGAGGACUCACUCCAUGACUAUGCUUUGACUACCGAUGAUGCUUAUCUACAUUACGACCCAGGCGUUUCCGCAGCUCUCACCCCCAUUCAUUCCCCUUGGCGUCGCCAGAACGGACAAUCCAAAUCGAACAGAUCACCUCCGCACAAACUGCCCGCCAGUCCUCGCACACCUCCCAAAUCACCCCGCAAACGUGCGCCCAAGGCGGCCAGCGAAACGCCUCGGCGGAAGGGUAAAGCACGAGCUGAAGAGGAAUUCGGUGAUGCGUGGCGCCAGCAACUCAAUGACGCUAUUGUAAAUAACUCGGCACUGCACCUUCGCAUUCUACGAUAUGAGCCCGUCCAUUUUGAUGAAUUUGUGAACUUGAUGAUCGACAAGCCGACUACCAACUCACGCGCUGCACUGAGACUCUUUUUAGACGAACGCGCAAUCAGUUUCUACGGUGCGACUGUCAGGAAGCGACGUUAA